UCAAGGCACCCUCAGACGUAGCCAACGCGAAAUAUUCGCUGUCGUUGCGAUUAUUUCGUGGCGAAAAAUUCGCUCCACUUUGACGCUGUAAUUGCGAUUUUCCAACGACUUUUUUGUCGCGAUUUAAAUUCCUGUUUUGCUAGCAAAACAAAAUGUCGAAGACGGAAGCUAUUAUUGAAUUUGUUAAAAAAUACCCAAUUUUAUACGACUUGAAACAUGAUGAUUAUAAAAAUAUUAGGAAGAAAGAGAAAAUAUGGAAUGAGAUUGGUAAUGAAUUAAAUGAAAAUGGUGAAGAUAUUAGAAAAAAAUGGAAAAAUUUACGGGAUACAUAUGCAAAAUAUAUUAGGUGUACCAAUAGUAAAGCAGGAAAUACCACGAAAAAAUGGCUGUGGGCCGAGCAAAUGAAGCCUUUUCGGCCUUACGUGGCUUACCCCAAAACUUCUUCUAAUAUCAGCGACAUUAAUUCUACAAAUAGCGUUCUCGAGGAAACUGAAAUAGAAUCCAACGUAAAAUUUGAAACUGAAUUGGCUAAUUUCGAAAAUCUAGAUAUCGAAAAUCUAGAUAUUGUAGAAAAUAUGGAUCCUCUAGAAACGAACCAACGAGUUUUAAAUGCCACACAACCAGCUGCAAAUAACAGAACCGGCAAAAAGCGUUACAACACAACGCCAUUGUCUUCUGUAGGAGAAAUGCUAAAAUAUUUUAAAAAUAAAAAAAGAAUAGAGUACGACGCCACUGACUGUCUUCUCUUGGCCCACGCAAAGACCAUAAAAACAUUUUCCGGAAGGAGACAGGCGAUAACGAAGUGGAAAAUAGCCCAAGUCAUCAUGGAGCAGGAACUUUUGCAUCAAGAGGAACUCAACGCAAACAUAUUGCCUAGACCUGAAAGUGGAAAUAGUUCAUCUGGAUCUUCACAAGAUGACAACUCCAAUGUUGAACCAUUGCCUGGAUCUGCUCAGAGUGGAAAUCCCAGUACUUCAUUACUGUAG